AUGAGCCAAGAUGCCACCUCGUUUUUCCGCGGCAUCUCCGCGAAGAUUAGUGCUGCGAAGCAGUCGUACAGCAGCAAGGUGCGUCGUCGCCGCGAAGAGGAAGAGGAGCCGCAGCAGCCCGUCCUCCCACCAACGCCGCCGCCGCCGCCGUCGUCGUCAACGAUGCCUAUGUCCGCCGUGUCGAGCGGUCUGAUGGGGAGGAACGGUGGCAGCGGUGUCGUCUGCAGCAGCAGUAGUCUCUCCGUGCGGCAGGAACAUGUGAAUGGCACGCUUAUGACACAGGUGCGGCAGACGGCGACAGCGACGUACAGCGACCCGAUAUUGUUGCCAGGUAGUGACGCUGACAGGCGUGGUAGCAACGAUAGUAGCGGUCGCGGUGACAGCAUGUCUAGUAGUAAUAACAAUAGUAGCAGCGCGAUGAAACCAAAGGUUCAUGUUAGCGCGGUAGUGGAGAGGACACGUAAGAUACANGGGAUGCCGAAGAACACGUCGCCUAUUAUUGCCAGAAAUCAUGCCUCUCUUUUGCCACCACCAAUGGCACGUUACCGUGGGAAGAAGACACUCAUUCUAGACCUGGAUGAGACGCUCGUGCACAGCUCACUCGCGUUCCAACCAAAGCAGUACAACCUAGUGCUCAACCUGAGAGUGGAAAACAGCAACACAACGGUGUAUGUUGCCUACCGCCCGCACCUCCACGACUUCAUGCGAGCCGUGGCACCGCUAUUCGAGGUGAUUAUCUUCACCGCGUCUGUGGCGAUUUACUGCAACCCUUUAAUGGACGCAGUAGACGCGGAUGGCAUCUUGGGCUCACUGCGGCUUUACCGCGAGCACUGUAGCAUGCUGAAUGGAGCGUAUGUGAAGGAUCUCUCACUGCUCGGACGGGAUUUAGACCAGGUCGCCAUUGUGGACAACAGUCCUGUAGCGUACCUCUUUCAGCAGCGCAACGCGAUACCGAUCACCUCGUGGUUUGAUGACCUCAACGAUAGCGAAUUGAUGCGUCUGAUACCUAUGCUGGAGGCCCUUGCCCAGGCACCUGAUGUGUACGACGUUUUGGACAAGUAUAACGCAGUGCUGCAGCUCCAGCAAGAGCAGAUGCGACCUGAUGACGGUCAGAUGUGA